AUGGACAUAUUCAAGGAAUGGGACCAGGCGCCUGUAGAAGUGGCUGAAGACAGAAGUGUGGCAGUCGAGUACACAGGAUGGGACCAGAGCUGCCAACUACCCAACAGAGGCCAUGUCGAUGCCCUUUUGGAUAUCAGCGAGGAUACCUCAUCCAAAGAGCAGGAGCCAUUUGAGUUUCUCUGUCUCUCCGGAUGGGAGGAAGCUGUGAGUAAUACACUGCGGUUUUAUUUUUAUUCAGCCAGUGUCAAGUUAUUGCAUAGGCACCAGAUACACACUUCCAUUUCAUGUGAGUUAAGAAAAAGUGAAACAGUGUCAGUAUGUUUAUUCACUGUUUAUAACUACAUUUAAUCUCAGAAAUCAUCUUAAAAGGUGAAACCUAAUUUUCUCUAAGUUGCGAUACACUGAUUAAAAUAUAAUUACGUUUCCCUUAAUGCUGUUGUGUUUGUUGUUGAGACAGAUCCGGGGCUGGGGCAGAACUACUCCACUUGGCUGCCUGGUUCAGACCCAGAGGAAAGGAAAGAGGGUCAAGUCUGGAGACACAGACCACCACCGCCACCUGUGUGUGGACCUCGUGAAGCUCUCGGACCCCCCUUACUCAGAGUCCAGCUUAACCCACUCCCCUGAGUCCUUCUGUGAUUCCUCCCUGGACCAAUGGGAGAAACCCCCCCCCACAACCCUGGGAGACUUCCUGAACAGACCCUACAGUCAUACCUCUAGCGUCUCUUCAGAGGACUCCCCACCAGAGUCCUUCAGGGACCUUCAGAAAGCCACACAGCAACUGACACUCCGAGACAAGAUGGUGGAGGACAAGGCUGAGGUGUGUGAGAUCAGUGACUCACUGCUGGGAUCGGCCCCCUCCCAGGGCCACCACCACUCAGCUUCAGAGUGUCCCAUGACACUGAUCAUCAACAGCUUUGCCGUCCUACCGCCCGUGAAGGCCUCCCAGCCCAGACACCCUAGGGUCACCAGCCAGCUCCGGAGGGGGGAGGCCGGCCCGGGACGCAGCGCCUCAGACGGGGAGACCGCAGAGGCUGGGUCAGAUGGUGUCACACCUGCCGGGGAGAGCGGAGGUGUGGAGAGAGUAGAGGAAACGAGAGCAGCAGACGCUGUCCCAGACAAAGACAGGCUGCCCAAGGACACCUACCAGGGAUCCCUCACCUCUAAGUACUGGCCGUCCAAGCAGAGCCACCACCUGUUGUCUGCUUUCAGCAUCCCCGUCCCCAAGAGAUGUGACAUGCCCCUCAGCACACUGGCAGAGCCUCUAGCCCGUGCCACCUACCCCCUGGGCAGACACCUCAGACAGGAUCCCCGGACCAGCAGUACUCAUAGACUCUACUUUGGACUGAAGACCAAGAGCCUGAAACGGGCAGAGCCCCAGCUGCCCAUUCUGUUUGGAACCAGGGUGCCCAUCCCAGCUUCUGCACAGAGACUACUCUGA